AUGGGAGCUGCCCUCUCAACCAGCUGGGGCGCCAUGCCACCCAUCCAAGACUUUUUCCCUCCUACCCCUGCGGUCUACACAGGGAUGGUAACUACGUUCCAACUCUUCCCCGUAUUCACAGUGAUCCAAUGGGGGACAUCAUGGUAUCCAGCUGGGAAAACUUCCAUGACAAGCUCCAUUUUCAACCUCCCCGGUCGACUAGCCUGGUGUAUCAUGGAGAUCGUCGGCCCACUCAACCUGGUCUAUAACCUCUCUCACUCCUCACCAAGCUUCUUCGAGCUACCAGCCCCCAAUCAGCUCGCUGCCGUGCUAUACUGUACACACUACCUGAACCGUGCAAUCAUCUCACCCUUCUUUUCAGCCCCGAGCAUGUCUCCAAUCCAUGCAUUCAUCAUGUUUAGCGCCAUGACCUUCAACUGGCUCAACUCCUCAUGCAUCUCAGGCUGGUUAAGCGGCCUUGCGAUACCGGUUUCGGGAUACCAGACCGACGGCACUUCAGCAAUGGACCCCUCUUCAUUCAGUUUCUUGCUCGUGCAGAUCCUCCCGUUCAUCGGAACAAUUUUGUUCUCUUUGGGCAUGGCAGGCAAUAUCUACUCGGAGACGGAGCUUUUCCGCCUCCGCAGAGAUUCGGCAGAGCAAGGCUCCUCGAAGAAAUCCGAUACCCCAACAACUACCACCGUUGUUUCAGACUCAAAUGGGAAAGAUGGCAAUAAGUUUCAUAAGGUGUAUGUGAUUCCUCCGGCCGAGGGCGUCUUCCGUACAAUCUUGUAUCCGCACUAUGUCUUCGAGUGGCUUGAGUGGGUUGGAUUCGCGCUUGUUGGGACGGCGGUGUUCCCGCUUCCUGGAACGAAUAGGGUUGCCCCGCCCCUUCAGGCUGCGCCGUGGAUCCUCUCUGCUGCUUGGACGGCGGAUGUGUUGGGUAUUCCACUUCCACUUCCAGCGGUACUAUUUGCCAUCAAUGCUGUUGCCAAUAUGCUGCCUCACGCGCGAUGGGGGAGGAAGUGGUACGUUGAGAAGUUUGGGGAGAAGGGGGUUGCUGGACGUGGAGCCGUUGUUCCUGGUUGUACUUGGAUGUAA